GGUCAUAUUUUACAAAAUUGACAUGCAACCUAGAUUGCACCUCACUUUGCUCAAGCAUGGGUUGUCAAGUAAAUCCCAUGGAAGUUAAGUUUGAUAUAACAAAAUGGUGGAGACUGCUGACAAAUGGUAGUUCUCCUCCUUAUAAAAUAAGUGCACAACACCUUCUAAUCCAUGGAUAUAAAACUAAAUGGCAUACCAACAAACUCUUUUGUCAUUAGAGCCCAUAAAGAAAUAAAAAAUUGAAUAUGGUCCAUGGUUUGUAGCUUAUAAAUUGGGUUACCUUCAUCCUCAAAUACUCCCCUAUUCCUAUCUAGCCAAAUCACCCACAAGUUAGCUAACAAAUCACAAAUCCAUAAGCUCUAACUCUAGUUUGUCUAUGGCUCCUAAAAGGAAAUUAUUAGCAUUCAUGAGAUUUCUAUUUAGGCCACCUAAUACUUACCAUGAUAACAAGUUUUGUCAUAAUUCAUAUAUGGAAGGAUGCAAAAGAAAGAGAUAAUUAAUUGACUUGUCGCUUCUUUGCAUAAAACAUGUCUAUUCAAGCUAAGGGCUUUAUGAGUAUCAUGAUUUGAAACAAAAUGUUUGAAAAAUCCCAUGGCCACAUCACUUGUUCCUCUAGAAUUCUGGUAAACCCAAGACUUGAACUUAGAUCCUUUUGUUUGAGAGUAAGAGCAUCUUCCAAUCAAAAAUUAAUUACUUAUCUUUAUCAUUCUUAUUUAAAGAGAUAAUUUUUUUUUCCUAAAAAGCAAAUUAGAGAAAAAAAUAAUAAUGUGCUUAGCAAAAAGGAUCAUAACCUAAGUACACGAUUAGAAUACAAAUAGUACCAAUGGAAAAGGAAAACAAGAAAAAAAAAAAGGCCACAUAUUGGUCUAACAUAGCCCUAAACUAUCAAUGAAAUCUAAAAGAGGGGCAUUAUCAAACUCUAUAGGGCCUCAAGAUCAAGCAAAAAGACUUAAGUAGAAAAUUUUUAAGCUUUAAAUAACAGAUGCUCCAUAACCCUGAAAACUCUACCAAAGAAAACAUACAAAGCUAGCUUUCACGCUGUCAUACGUUUAUUCACCCUGAACAAUCAUGUCACUAAGCAACAUAUCUUUUCUAGAACCAAGGAGUAAACAACACAAUAGCAACAAUGUAGGCCCUCCCAUGAUGGACAAGAAUGUGGUCUACUAACUUCCCUAUCUUAUACAACCACUAUUAAUUGACAAUAUUCCAUCUUCACUUCUUAAGCUAAUUGGUGGUAAAAUUCUCUACUCCAGCUAUCUCCCAAACAAAGAAACCAGCUUUUGAAGGUGGCCUUGGGUCCCGAACAUUCCAAGUCUAGAAUAAGUAUGAAAAGAUAGGACUUAGCAAGUUGUUGGAUGACUUAAACCUAAACUAUUAGAGCUUCCUCCACUAAUGUCCACAAACUGGAUUUGCUGCACAAACACCAUUAUUAUCUCUAACUCCUAAUCAUGGAAAUUCUUUAAGAGAAAAAAAGGCUCCCAAUGGCUGCUGUGAUUGCAACUCACAAAUAGAUAAUUAAAGCAUCUCUAGAAGUAGUACCAAAGAGAACAUAGAAAUAAUCUUUUAAUACCAAAGCAAUCCUAAGAUUAUUACCUAUUAUGAUACUAGUGUUGGACUGGUAAACUUCCCAACCUCUCUUGAUAGUCAUCUGCCUUUCCAAACUUUCCUAAGGUAACACACAUCCUCAAGCUAUUAUGCUUCCCUAUAAAGUGUUGCAACCAAACAAAACCUUGUUGAGGAUCAAAAGGCUUCUGAACCCCGCCUGGUCUUACUUCUGUCAGAACAAACAGUUUACCACUUGACCAGAUGUAACUUCCUCUCAAGAUGCCCCCUUUCCCUACCCCUCCCUGUCACCCCCCUGUUUCUCUUUUAUGAAAUAGCAUAAAUUAGUAAGUCAGAGAAAAUGCUUUUGAUGAGUUUAAGCCUCCCUCCUACGUACAUAUUACCUUUUCCAACCUGCAAGCCUUUUGUGAAACUUUCCCUUAACUGGGUCCCAAACUGAAGCGAAUUUUAAUAGAGCUCCUAUGAAAAAUGCUAGUAGGUGGAGGGCCAAUUCACAGGAUUAUAGGUCUUCUAAAUAUCCAACUUGCAAGCAGCCCCUGCCCAUGAGCUCUUCUAGAGAGAGCCAAAAAUCCCAAUUCAAAUGAUUAUAGGUCUUCUGAACAUCCAACUUGUAAGUAGCCUUUGCUCAUGAUCACUUCUAUAUGUGUGUGUAUAUAUAUAUAUAUAUAUAUACAGAGAGAGAGAGAGAGAGAGAGAGAGAGAGAGAGAGAUCCGAAUUCACAGUAUUAUAGGUGUUUUGACUAUCCAACUCGCCAACAACUACUUCUCAUGAGCUCUUCUAGUAGAGAGAGAGAGAGAGAGAGACCAAAGAAUCCAAAUUCACAUAAUUAUCAGGCUUCUGAAUAUUGAACUUGCAAGCAGCCUCUGGUCAUGAGCUCUCCUAGAAUCUAUGAACUCUUUAGCAAUGAGAACAUUCAAAAAUAUGUCUUUCCUUUGUGAAGCAUUUGGAAUUGACACAUGAGGCAAGUUGGUCACAGUUUUUCCUCUGGAAGUUUUGAUAGGACACGGCACUCUUCCUUUGUUUUUAGUCCACAUUUAGGUAGAGUGAACAAUGAAGAAUGAUGAGACACCCAUAUGUUUCUGUGGUUAAUUAUUUGCUGCAUUUGAAAAAUUAUUUUUUCAAGACAUUUGAUGAUUUGUUAAAGCCUUUGAAUUACACAUCCUUUGCAUUUCUCUUUCUUUUCUGGAAUUAGGGUGCUACGCAUCACUUUUUUUCUCAAGGGUUGAGGAGUUUGGCAAAAGGAAAGCUCAAUCUUACAUUAACUUAUGAUGGCAAACUACAUCAUUGUCAUUUGGGACAAAAAUUUUACUCUGAAACAUAGGGUUACAAUUGCAUUUUUCUACAUCAGCCCAAGAUUCCUCAGAAGCAGCUUCACUAAUUAAUUUUGGAAAGCUGAUUUGAAAAGCUGAUUUGAAAAGUUAUUUUAUAGAACAAUCAUUUAUGUGUGCAUAUAUACUUGUAUAUAGGAAGGUUCUCUCCAUCAGAAGGUUACAAAUAUUAAUACAAUAUACCUUCGUGUUCAAAAAGUCAUGUGAGUUACAGCACCUGUCAAGUUUUAUAUCUCUAAAGUUUCUUUUUAUGAGAAGAGCAAGAAUCGUAAUUUUAUGUAUUUUUUUCUUUAAGAAAUGCUUUAAUCCCAAAUCUCAAUUAUACUCCCUCAGAUUUCCAAGAAAUAUAGGAGGGGAUUAGUGUCAGUACAUGAUUAUGCUUUCAUAAAUUUUGGCCUUUUUUUAAAUCAUAUCCAAGUGGAAAUGUUUCAUUUUCUUCGAUGUUUCCGAGGUCAUUGCAUAAAAGAGAGAGAGAAGAGAAAGAGAGAGAGACAUAAGUGGGAGAGAGAUAGAGAGAGAGGAUCGCAGAAGUGAGAGAGAGAAGUAGAGGGGAGCUAUCAUGAGCAUGAGGUCUGCAGCAAGAUCUAGAGCAGCUGCGUUGAGGUCUUCGGCAAGAUCUUCCUGUGCUCCUGGAGUCAUGAGGUCUGCAGCAAGAUCUUUCCGUGCUCCCAUACUUACAAGGUCUGCAGCAAGAUCUUCCCAUGCUCCCAUACUUACAAGGUCUGCAGCAAGAUCUUCCCAUGCUCCCAUACUUACAAGGUCUGCAGCAAGAUCUUUGUGUGCUCUGGAUUCAGAGACAAACAAUUCAAAACAAGCUUUUGGAUCUCUUGAAUUCUCAGUGGCUGGCUCCAGUGCUCGUCAGACCCUUCUUCCAGAUCAGAUGAUCCAUAUUCCAAGGAAGUUGAAAGCGCAAAAUUCAGAUAUUGUGUGGUCAGGUGAUGCGUGGAUUUGUACCAAACAGCUCAAGCACUACCCAGCUUUUUGCCGGGAUGAAACUACCAUUUCUGUUCAUUCAUUUGUAUUCAUUAUGGCUGAAGAUGAGAGCAACUAUCUUGGUUACUUGGAAGACUUGUAUGAAGAUAGGAAGGGACAGAAAAAGGUAAAAGUUCGUUGGUUUCAUUACAAGCAGGAAGUCAUGUGUGUAAUUCCAGGGCUGGAUCCACAGCCAAGAGAAGUAUUCAUCACGUCCCAUGUUCAGGUGAUUAGUGCGGAGUGUAUUGAUGGUCCUGCAACAGUCUUAACUCCUAAGCAUUAUGAGAAAUGCUUGGCUGUUGUUCCACAAACACUGUCAUCUGGAAUUCAUUUGUGCUGUAGGCAGUUUAAGAACAAUAAGGUCAAGCCCUUCACUCUAACUAAAUUACGUGGGUACUCUGAUCAAGCAAUCCUCUCCUGUUUAUCUGGCUCUCUUCAGCCUGAGGAAAAAGGCAAGUCCCUUAAAUUGGAUGACGAAGAAGAGGAAGAAUUUGCUCAUAGAGACCCUGUAGGGCGGGGUGCUAAGAAGAAUAGAAGUUGCAGAGGGCAGCAAAGACUUGAGACUGGUUUUACUGUCAAGGAUUCAACCCCCGGAAAUGAGAGCACAAAAUGUAAACCUGCACACUCGAAGUUGAAACUCAAAUUACCAAGGAACUCAACAGGCAUUAAGUUUGGUGAGCCCCAGACUCAGUAUCCUGUGUCUUUCAAGCUUCAUGAAAAGAUAGAGUUGCUCUGCCAGGACAGUGGGGUUCGAGGCUGCUGGUUCAGGUGUAAGAUCUUGCAGGCAUCACAGAAACGUCUCAAAGUUCAGUAUGCUGAUGUGGAGGAUGUAGAAGGACCUGGCAAUUUGGAGGAAUGGGUCCCUGCAUUUAGAGUGGUAGCUCCUGACAAACUGGGAAUAAGAUGCACGGGCCGCCUAACCAUCCGACCAUUUCCUCCUGAGGAUUGUACAGAAUAUACUUUUGAGGUUGGUGCAGCUGUUGAUGCAUGGUGGGGAGAUGGCUGGUGGGAAGGUGUUGUAACUAGAGUUGGCAUCUCUGGAAAUGAUUGCCUGCAAGUUUACUUACCAGGUGAAGGCAAGUUAUUGACUUUCGAGAAAAAGAAUCUGAGGACUUCAAGAGACUGGGUUGGCAACAAAUGGGUUGAACUAAAGCCAAAACCUGAUAUUCUCCACUGUGUACCUGUAACUGCCUCUACUAAGGCUGAGGCAUUUGACUCUGGUGCCUCUGCAUUGCUGGAUAUCAACAUUCUCACAACUCACAAAGUUGAAGCUGUUGGAGAAUGUAAAAAAGUGUUACCUGGCUCAGGCCCACAUAGUGGUAUUCUGGAAAAUGUGCAGGGGCUUAACUUAAGGAAGCGGCUCUGUCACAACAAUGAAGAGAAAGCUAAAAAAGGUGUCAGUGACAGUUUGGUAGAAGAUUUUGAAUCUGCUGACCAGAAAUAUGUAGCAUCAGAAGACAUGGAAGUGGUCUUUUAAGUUGUAUGAGUAGAUGGCAUAGCUGUGGUAGAGAAUUUUUGGCCAUGAUACAAAAUCCUGAAGUUGGUUCCAUUUGUUACACUGUAAAUAUGAUAUAGAGAAGUCUCAACAUCAGGAGUAGCUGCAGAGGAAGACUAUAAUUUCUCAGAGGUGUACAGAAGUUAAGCAGUUGAGGUAAGGUCUAAAAGUUACUGGGAUGAAGAUCCCAUUUAGUAAAUAUAACUCUGAUCCAUAGUAGAUUUUAACAGUAGUCUGUUUGCCCUUUGAAGAGUCACUCUGCAAUGUGUGGUUUUCUUGACCCCACAACAGCCAGUUGCCAGCAUGUUUCUUUUUGUCUAACGAACUCUGUUUUAUUCCCUUCUCAUUGCAUAGGUUUCUGUUUUGGAACUACAUCCUCUGGAGCUUUGAAUGUAAAUCUUAUAGUUGGUUUUUGUUCAGAGAAGAAUUUCAGGAUGUGUUUUAUGGUAAUGUAUAGUGCAGUGAAGGUCAAAUUACCAUUUUCUAUCAUAUGGGAGCUUGACGGAUCUUCUGAGAUGCUUAAA